UUGUAGCAUGGCGAUGAAGGUCAACUAAGCACGGCAUUUUCUGCUGAAAUGCAAAAUCUACCAAACAUGAGAUACGUUUCAUUUGACUUUCAACAUGUAUGUGGUAACUCAAACUUUGAAAACCUAAAGGUUCUAUACGAGCAGAUCUCAGAGCAAUUUGAAAAGCAAGGCUGAGCAGAUACUUCCUUGUAGAUGCAAAAGGCAAUAUACUGGAGGAGCAGAACUGCAUUGAUUGCCUUGAUUGAACGAAUGUUACUCAGAGUUGCUUGGCCCAGAAGUCUCUAGAUGCACAUUUGCAGAGGACUGGAGUGCUGGAUUCUUCUGAAAGCAUUUCUAUGUUUGCUGAAGACUACCAAACAUUUAGAGCAUAGCAAGGUGACGAGAUAAGCCUCGACUACGCAAGGACGUAUGCCCUUUAAAGGGGACCUUGUUAGAUAAGGGAAGCAGACAUUUGGAGGAAUAAUUAAAGAUGGGAUGAGUGCUCUUUCAAGAUAUUUUUUGAAUAACUUUCAGGAUGGCAUUCGGCAGGAUGCUAUGGAUCUUGUCAGUGGCCGCUAUACAGUUAGAAGGGAUAUUUCACCAUCCCGGGCUGAAUCUUUUUCUGUAACUUGUGCCGCUUUUAAAAUGCCUUCACUGAAUCUAUGGUCAAGUUUUAAGUGAGAACAAACAUUGCAGUAUCUACCGGUGGCAUCAGCUUUGCUAAUUGGAGGGUUGACAAUGACAUCCGUCACACUUCAACAAGCGGGUCGAAAUGCCCAACAGUAUAUGUCUUCUGUACUUUGUGCUGGAGUGACUGCUGGAGUAGUGGCAGCGGUUAAAGCUAACGGAAGUCUUAUGCAUGAUGAGCACAUGUCCGGAAUCUGCAGCAUUUCCCAGCCCUACCCUGCUUGGAAACAUAUCUGAUCGCUUGGCUUUGCUAGACUUCAAGAAAAGAAUAACUGAAGAUCCCCUCAGUGUCAUGAGCUCGUGGAAUCAUUCCAUCCACUUCUGCAGUUGGGUAGGCAUUACAUGCCACCGUGCCACCCAAAGAGUCUUGAUUCUGGACCUGCAAGAUAAACAGUUGGUAGGCUCCAUUCCACCUUCCAUUGGGAAUCUUACUCGUCUAAUUGAAAUAAGGUUGGGAAUCAACAAGUUUCAUGGUGAAAUUCCUCAAGAAUUGGGUCGACUGCGGACCUUGGAAAGUCUCAACCUGUCUUUCAAUUCUUUAGGCGGGAAACUUCCGACUAAUAUGUCCCACUGUACACAACUCAGAUUUUUGGAUCUUUUUUCCAAUAAGAUUAUUGGGUCAAUUCCACGCCAACUCAGUUCAUGGUUGAGUUUGACUGUUCUACAACUUGGAAAAAAUAAUCUCAGUGGAACCAUCCCAAGUUGGAUAGGAAACUUUUCUUCUUUGAGGUGUCUUGCACUUGGCCUCAACAAUAUUCAAGGAAGCAUACCAAAUGAGCUCGGGCAUAUAACCACCUUGGAGAUAUUCUUUGUUGCGCAGAAUAAUUUGUCUGGUAUGAUCCCUUCUUCAAUUUAUAAUAUUUCUUCCAUAUACAAGUUCAGUGUUGCUAAAAACCAAGUACAUGGAGAGCUACCACCAAAUCUCGGCAUCUUGCUUCCUAAUCUCGUAGCAUUUUUAUGUGGUAUAAACAAUUUCACAGGAAAUAUUCCUGUAUCAUUGUCAAAUGCUUCCAGACUUCAGGUGUUUGAUAUUUCUAUAAAUGACUUCACGGGGACAGUCCCUGGAGAAAGUCUCAGAAGCUUGCGAAGCUUAAUUUCGCUAAACUUUGCCCAAAAUCGACUGGGAAAUGGAAAACUUGGUGAUUUGAGUUUUCUCAAUUUCUUGACUAAUUGUACUAGUCUUCAAAAAUUGGGUCUUGCCAUUAAUCGUUUUGGAGGAGAAAUCCCAAGAUCCAUAGCCAACCUUUCGACCCAACUACAAGUUCUUUCUCUAGGGGCAAAUAUGUUACAUGGAAGCUUCCCAAACGGCAUCGGAAAUCUGAUAAACCUCAUUGUUCUAGAGAUGGCUCAAAACAAUUUGGCGGGUGUUGUCCCUGAAGAAAUUGGGAAGCUCGAGAAGAUGGGGAAACUGUCUUUGUAUGAUAACAAAUUUUCUGGGCCAAUUCCAUCUUCCCUGGGUAAUAUGACUUCAUUGAUAGUGCUCUACAUGGAUAGCAACAAUUUUGAGGGAAGUAUACCUCCAAGUCUCGGAGACUGUCCAAACCUGCUACUACUUACACUUUAUAAUAACAAUCUAACGGGCAACAUACCUCAAAAGCUUAUGGAGCUUUCAACCCUUUCAAUUGUUUUGGGCCUGUCUGAAAAUUAUUUGAUUGGUUCACUGCCAAGUAAUGUGGGUGAUCUGGUGCAUCUCACACUGCUAAAUGUAUCAAAAAACAAGUUAUCAGGUGAAAUCCCCAGCACCAUCGGCAGGUGUACUAGUUUGGGGGGCUUGUACUUGGACAACAACAAAUUUGAAGGAACAAUUCCUCAGUCUCUUAAAGAUUUAAAGGGCUUGGAAGAACUUGACAUUUCAAACAAUAACUUAUCCGGGCAGAUUCCUGAAUUCUUAGGCAAGCUUGGAGCACUUAAGUAUCUCAAUCUUUCUUAUAAUGAUUUUGAAGGCGAGUUGCCUAAAGAAGGAAUUUUUUCAAAUGUCAGUGGUGUCUCGGUUCUUGGAAAUUAUAGGCUCUGUGGUGGCAUCCCACAAUUACAUCUACCUGCAUGCCCCAAAAACAAACACCAUUCAUCUCGAGGACUACUUUCCCCAAAAGUAGUCAUCCCUAUAGCUUGUGCACUUGCAUUCAUAAUUGCUCUAUCAUGCUUCUUCAGUGCUCGUUCAAUGCUCAAAAAGUCAAGAGAUGGACUUGUAACUUCACGUUCUUAUAAGGAUUGGAAAUUAGGUGUUUCCUACUCACAACUUGUUGAAUCGACUAAUGGUUUCUCAGUGGAUAAUUUGAUUGGUUUGGGAAGUUUUGGUUCUGUUUAUAAAGGUGUAAUUCCUAGCGAUGGAAUGGUAGUUGCUGUUAAGGUAUUAAACCUUCAACAACAAGGAGCGUCCAAGAGUUUCAAUGAUGAAUGCAAAGCUUUAAGAAGUGUCAGGCACAGAAAUCUUGUCAAGAUCAUAACUGCAUGCUCGAGCAUUGAUAAUCAUGGUAGAGACUUCAAAAGUCUAGUCUUCGAGUUCAUGCCAAAUGGAAGUCUUGACUCGUGGUUGCAUCCUAGAGAUGAGGAUCAAUCUCCAAGUAAAAGAUUGAAUUUUAUGCAAAGAUUGAACAUGGCCAUUGAUGUUGCUUCCGCGUUAGAUUACCUCCACAACCAUUGUGAAACGUCCAUUGUUCAUUGUGAUCUAAAGCCGAGCAAUGUACUUCUUGAUGAAGACAUGGUAGCCCAUGUUGGGGACUUUGGUUUAGCAAGGUUCCUCUUGGAAGCAUCAAAUGAUCCUUCUCUUAGUCAAACAAUGUCAUCGCAACUCAAGGGUUCUAUAGGUUACAUUCCUCCAGAGUACGGCAUGGGAGGCCAAGUUUCCAUACGGGGAGAUGUUUAUAGCUACGGGAUACUCUUGCUAGAAAUGUUCACAGGAAAAAGACCUACUGAUGACAUGUUCAUUGAAGGUCUAAGCAUUUACAAAUUUGCAGCCAUGGCUUUGCCUGACCAUGUCAUGGACGUUGUUGACCCAUCAUUGCUCAUCGACCUCGAAGCUGAUGGUAGUGUUAAUGAUGACAGAUACGAAAGGAUUGCGUUGCCUAGACGUAACAAUCGUAGAGUGGUGAAAGCAAAAAAGGUAGAGGAAUGCUUGUUUGCUGUGAUGCAGAUCGGACUGUCCUGCUGUGCAGUAUCACCAAGAGAGCGGAUGCUUUUGAAUAUGGUUGUCGGAAAAAUGAGUGCAAUUAGAGACUCGUACCUCAAAGUUCAAGAAGGCUAAAAAGGACAAAGAUAUGCUGCUUGUGGUUUUUCUUUUCUGUACCUUUCCUACCAUCGCUUUGAACCUUGCCUCUUUUAUGUUAGCGGUUGUUUUAUAAGGACGAAGUUUUCAUUUGUAUGACUUGAAGCUUUCAAAUUCUUAUUUGUGUGGAGCUAUUUGUAAUUGUCUUGGUUAUAUCUAUCCUUUUUAGAAUCUGAUAAACUCAAUGCUGAAGCAGUUUAUAACAUUUUAGUCUCAUAUUUCUUCCUA